AUGAGCAGUAUAAACCUUGCAGCUUCUUUCCACAAGCUCGGAAGUGCCACUCUUGGAGUUUUUCUCUUAAUAUUGCACCAGCUAUGCCGCCGGCUGCUUCUCCCUAAGCCGAUUCCCAACAUUCCAUACAAUGUCGCAGCUUCCCAAAAGCUGCUUGGUGAUCUCCCCGAGCUUAAAGAUGAGAUGGAUCGAACCGGCGAUAUGAGAUCGUGGCUUUUGCAGCAGACAAUCAAAUUACAAUCUCCUCUCAUCCAACUAUUUCUCGAUCCCUUUAGCAAACCAAUUCUCAUUCUCAGUGACCCGCAAGAGGCACUGGAGAUUCUCCUCUACCGCAGUCGAGACUUUGAUCGCGCCCCGAUGCUUUAUGAUAUCUUCUCAGGCUUAGCCCCCACCCAUCAUAUCGGUAUGAAGACUGGACCGGAGUGGAGAAGGCAUCGUGAUUUGAUCCAGCAUUUGGUCACCCAGCCGUUCCUCCAGGACACCGCAGGGCCUGCAAUCCAUGCGUCUGCCUCCCGUCUGGUCAGCCUUUGGAGGACCAAGGCGAGACUAGCCAAAGGUGCGGCAUUCGCAGCUAAAAGAGAUUUUCAAUACAUGAUUAUCGAUGCCUUGAUAGAGGUUUGUUUCGGGAAGGACUUCCCCAACAAUGGAGUCUCGUCUCAAAUCGAACUUCUCGAAGCAGACCACACACUGGCUCCCGAUGUCAAACCUCAAACACCGAUCACCUUUCCCGAGGCAACUCCUCAUGAGUUCAUCUGUGCCCAUGAGAAGAUUACCGAGGCCAUUGAGCAUUGCGGAAAGUCUGUAUAUCCCCGACAAAUGUGGUGGGUGAUGUCCAAGCUACCUCGUCUGGCCAAUGCCCUCCGCAUAAAACGCAGAGUGACCAGAGAGCGCUUAAUAACGGCAGCCACAACCAUCGCGCAGAAGAUGCCCUUGGCAGAUAGCUCUGGGGCAUGGUCGUCCGCAGAGUUCAUGGCUCACCACGAGAACAAGCUGUCGCAGCAGGAAUGUCGACAGCCAGAAUACAUUUCUCCUCCAAUGGAAGAUGAACUUUAUGGAUUUCUUUUCGCCGGGUCACAUACCAAUAUCCUAACUCUAGCAUGGGCGAUAAAGAUCGUCGCUGAUAAUCCCGUAUCACAAAGUCGACUGCGGGACUCACUACGUGCUGGCUUCCCCGAAGCCGUGCUGGAAAACCGUGCCCCUAGUCCCUCCGAGAUGACCUCUAGACAAAUACCAUAUCUAAAUGCGACUGUGGAGGAAAUCCUGCGUAUUUCCCCCGCCACCCUCCUAGUUGACCGGGUAGCGAUUCGCGAUACAGAACUUCUGGGGUACCAUGUCCCGAAAGGAACAUGCAUCUGGACAAUCCCAGCCGGCGCAGGAUUCACCUCCCCAGCCCACCAUAUCAGCGAGGAGAAGCGCAAUGCUUCCUCACGUUCCAACGCCAAACAUAGCCGACGCUCUGCGUGGUCCGGGGAUGAUAUUGCCCAGUUCAUCCCCGAACGGUGGCUCCGGCCGUCCGCUGAGAAGCCCGGCGAGCUGGUAUUUGACCCCAGCGUCGGGCCGACCCUUGCCUUUGGGGCUGGUCCCCGGGGUUGCUUCGGGCGACACCUGGCCUAUCUGCAGUUGCGGAUGACCAUCGCCCUUUUCGUGUGGAAUUUUGAGCUUCGGAAAUGCCCGGACUCUUUGUCGAGCUAUGAUGCCGUCGAUGGCCUUUUUCACAAGCCGAAGAGCUGCUAUGUUUCUUUGCGAGAGCUAUCCUAA